CAACACCUUGCUCUUCUUCCAGUCAUCAGUCUCUUUCAGCACCAAACAACCCUCCUCAGCCCUCAAUUUCUCAAUUACCACUCUGAAAAUGACGAGAAGACAUUUUUUCGAUCUCCAAGAUUCGUCUCUGGCAUUACGCCCGUCAGACUCCAGCAGCAUUCCUCCCGAACCUUAUGUUCCCCGUUCCCUUCCCCAGCCACGCGCCAGCCGCGAAAGCGUCUCCCCUGAAGCCUACACAAAGCCGUACUGUGAGUUCAUGACAGAGAAUCCGACCAUAUUCCAUGCCGUCGAUGCCUUCUCGAGACAGCUUGAGCAGCAUGGGUACAAGCGCCUCUCCGAGCGCGCAGUGUGGACCUCGCAACUGAAAGCUGGCGGGAAAUACUACUGUACGCGUAACGGCAGCGCACUGAUUUCCUUCGCUAUUGGGAAGGACUACAAGAGCGGCAAUGGCAUUGCCAUUAUAGGGGGCCAUAUUGAUGCCCUGACGGCGAAGCUGAAACCCGUCUCCAAGCUUCCAACCAAGGCGGGUUUCCGCCAGCUCGCUGUUGCGCCAUACGCCGGUGGUCUGGGUAGGACAUGGUGGGAUCGUGAUCUCUCCAUUGGUGGUCGCGUAUUGGUGCACAACCCGGCAACAGGCAAGGUUGAGACCAAGCUGGUGAAGCUGGAUUGGCCGGUGGCCAAGAUCCCGACGCUGGCGCCGCAUUUCGGGACCCCCUCCCAGGGUCCCUUCAACCAGGAGACGCAGAUGGUUCCUGUGGUGGGGAUUGAUAACUCGGAUCUUUUUGCGCAGACGACGACUCCUCCUGCCGAGGGUAAUCAUGGUGCUUUCAAAGCAGGCUCUUUUGCCUCCACGCAGCCUGAGAAGCUGGUCAAGGUCAUCUCGCGCGAGCUGGGCAUCGCGGAUGCGAAUGAUAUUGUCAGCUGGGAGCUUGAACUGUAUGACAGCCAGCCCGCGCAAGUGAUCGGACUGGAGAAGGAUUUGAUAUCCGCCUGCCGCAUUGAUGACAAGCUGUGCUGCUAUGCCGCGCAGGAGGCGCUAAUAGCCUCUCCGGAUGACGCAUCAAGCGGUGUUGUGAAGAUGGUUGGCAUGUUCGAUGAUGAGGAAGUUGGCAGCUUGCUGCGUCAAGGUGCUCGCUCCAACUUCAUGAGCAGUGUGAUAGAGCGCAUUGCAGAGGCCUUUGCCCCUAACUACGGACCAAACGUGCUCUCUCAGACGGUAGCAAACAGCUUCUUCGUCUCUUCCGAUGUCAUCCACGCUGUUAACCCGAACUUCCUCAAUGCCUACCUGGAGAACCAUGCUCCCCGUCUGAAUGUUGGCGUGGCUGUCUCUGCCGAUCCGAACGGCCAUAUGACCACUGACAGCGUCAGUUAUGCUAUUCUCAAACGCGUCGCUGAGCGCUGCGGAUCUAUACUUCAGGUAUUUCAGAUCCGCAAUGACUCGCGAAGCGGUGGCACCAUCGGCCCUAUGACCAGUGCACGCAUUGGCGUGAGAGCUAUCGAUGCCGGUAUCCCUCAGUUGAGCAUGCACAGCAUUCGCGCGACAACCGGUAGUUUGGAUCCUGGCUUGGGCGUGAAGCUGUUCAAGGGAUUCUUUGACUAUUUUGAAGAAGUCGAUAGGGAGUUUUCUGAUUUCUAGACUGUUCCUAUCUUGAUUCUUACUUCUCUUGUUACGCACUAUGUUCUAUCUCUGUCGUUUUUGACCUUUUCUGCUCCACGAGCAUUUGUUUGUGCCAAACUGCUUUCUGUUUAUCAGUUUAUAUAUGUUUUUUAUUGACUACUCGUGUGGCUUCUUGCCUUGUUAUUCACCUCAUAUUUUGCUCCGUCUACUAAUAUCCAAAUGAUAGAUGAGAAGAGGAUAUG